UUCACAGGAAAUUGAACUCACGAACUGGCCCCAUAGAUUUGCUCCCUUGACAAAGUGAUUCCAUCAUUAGGAAUUCUAGUCGGUUGCAUUUGCAUCCUGGUGCCACCCUGCGUGCUCCUCCCUGGAAUAGGCUCUCAGUCAUCGGCUGGAAUUGAGAAAUGAUGUCUCCCAGAGCAGCAAACUUACAUUCUCCGGGAGUGCUGUCAGCGGCGCUGACGCAUAGUGGGACUGCAUAACACACUGAUUGAUAACUGACGUCAGUUCUGAGGGUUUAUCGCUAGUCAGUAGAAUGCUGAUAAAAACAUAACGUGAGUCAUACUCCGGUAAUCGAGCGCAGGAAGGGGAGGGUUUUAUUUACUGUGUAAAUGAGUAUUGGAAGUGUAUGUGUGUGUGUGCUGGUGUCUCUGUGUGUGUGUGUGUGUGUUGGAGUGGGGGUCUAGGAGAAAGUGACCAUCUCCAGAGAAAAUUAUAUUUAAGUUCUGAAUAGGUCCUGAGGUGGAGAGCUGGUAUGUGCUGGAGGUUAAGUCAGUAUGAUUAACAAGUAUUUCCCAGCUGUGGAGAGUAAAAGAGGGAGAGAGGGAGGGGGGGCUUGAUAGAGAUUACAUCAUUACACAGCCUCACUGGAUCUUAUUACACUCAAGUGCAUAAACAAGUUUCUGUAAUUUUAGAUGGCCUGUAGCUGAAAGCAGCUCGAUCCAAGUUUAGCCUUAAAAUAAAUCAGAAUGCUUUGCAGCAUUUGGGUUCGGUCAUGUACUUGCCGCAUACGUUCUGACUGAAUCAUGGGAAGUGACUUCCUUCCUAACCAGUGUUGAGUGGUAGUUCAGAGACAAGUGAUGUCCAUGGUAUUUAGUGAUGCAAAGGAAAAAAGGUUCUUGGAAGCACCAGGGCCCCCUAACAAGUAGCCUGUUUCUUUUCUGGUACAAAACAGCAGGGGCUUCUUGGUAACAGUUAAAGCUGGUUGACUCCGUGCAGAGCUGUUUAGACUGGUAUUUUGGCAAGGUUAGAGUAGUAACGGUAACGGGUAUGACCUAUGACCUAUGCUCAAGAAAGGAUGACAGCAAGGGUCUCCCUUUUGGCUCUGCUUUCCACAGUGUCCUUUUGAAAAAAAACUGUGCACACAGAUAAACCUCUCAAAAACCAACAGCCAUUUCCUCUCCCGGCCUUCAAUGGGGCUGUCAUCUCUUAUCCAUGUGCAGUGACACCAUUGUCUGAUCUUGCACCAAACAAUGGUUCAUGUUAAUGACACGAUGGUCGACUGUGAUAAGGGCCCCUGAGAGUGGACCCUGCAGAUCGUCACUAGCCAAAGAUAAGGAAAAAAGGGGUAAACGAUCUGUCCAUGUUCCUGCACUAAAAACUGUCUGACCUUCUUUGAAGAUAACAUCUGUCAUGGCACUGGGUGUAUCAGUUGGGCUAUAAACUCUUGAGUAUCACCCAGUUGAAAUUCAUCUCACGGGCAGUCUAAGUCUUUUGCACCACAGAGAUGCAUGUGUGAGGUUUAUAUUUUGACUGUGAUAGCCCAGAAAGGCUCUGUGUUGAUGGCAGAGGGCCCUUCUAAAAAACAGCAGGCUUUAAAUAGAGAUUAGAUUGCUGCAGAGUGAUAUAAAGUCUCCUUUCAGUGUUAGAUCUCUCAUUGAAGUGAUUUGAAUCCCCUGGAUUCACAGUGAAAAGCUAUCUAUUCUUUUGUUUUCUUUGUUUUCUUCCUUCGGCUGACAGGUUUUUUUUAUGUUUUGAUUUGUCAGGACACUCGUGUAUGGCAGACAUAAAAUUGGAAAGCUGGUAAUCAGAACUAUACUUGGCAUACUUGACAGGUUUGAGGUGUGACAUCAGAAAGUAAACAGAAAUGAAAGAGAUUACCUUCCCGUCACUUGUUCCACUCAAAAAGCCGGAGGCCUUUAUUUGUGGUGCUCUUUUCUGCAUGAUUUGGAGGUAUGUUUUCGAGUCUAGACAUGUUGAUAUUUGCUGCUUAUAUGUAAAAAUGGAGGGUGGGUUAAUGAGAACCAAACAGAUUUGGGAAGAGCAGCCAAAGGGUGUGAGAUGGGUAUUUACUAUGAGGGACCCCUGGGUGUGUGUGUGUGUGUGUGUGUGUGUGAGAUGGGUAUUUACUAUGAGGGAUCCCUGCCAGAGUGUAGAUCACAUGCUGCCUCAGCCAAUGCCUGUGAAGGACACACACACAGUCAGGUUUUACUCUGUACUCCAUACGCUCACACCGAGGCUUCCCUGCCUGCACAGAAUCCAGCAAACAAAUUCACAACUCUGGAAGGAUGAAACUAGAUGGUUUGUGAGACAUCACAGUUGUCAGCUAAGAUCUUUAACUUCUCAAAUCCCAGAUGUCAUUGGAGUGUUAGUUCGACGUUCCGGCAUGAAGAUGCAAAAAGAUGACAUAACGCAGCGUGCUUCUCUUAAAGGGCGCUGUAACCUACAAGUGGAUAUGCAACUCUCCCUGCCCUCUUUUACUCAUAAACUUUUUACAGAGUCUUUGUGUUCCCCUUACCGACCGCAAAAACACGUAUUUAAAGGCUCCCCCGUGCAGCGCUCUUUGUGAAAGUGGGGAAAAAGACUGAGACCCAGUGCCACAAACACCUUUUAAAGCCCUGUGGGAGAGCGUGCAGCUCUGUGCGUGAGAUAAGCCCCACUCUUACAGAUUACAUGUCUGCGCAGAGAAGUCACUUCCAAUCUCGCUGGGCUUCUUGAAGGCUGCCUGCCUGCAGGAACAGCACAUUCGUGGUGCACUGAGACAGACUCUCUCACCAGGCCGUUACGGUGGUGACGAAGGACGGAAGUCGCGCACCACUUCACAAUUUUUGAGUGCUUCGUUCUCCCGCAAAGAUACUGAAGGCUGUGUCAGAAGGUUGUGUCAGACAUUUGAACGUACUCUGGUGAGUACUGUGAUUUGGGUGAUUGUGUAAUUUCUUGCGGAUUGGAUAGCACAUUUUCUGAUGCGUAUAGGGUUCUCCCAUAUGUUAGCACCAGAGGGUUUCAGUCCUCACCGGGCGAACAGCUUGCUGCCAUGUGAAAGCUGCUUAGAUUGGACUUUAAAAGUGCCCCCCUCCCCCCUUCCACUCUGCAUACAUCAAAUACAAGGCAGUGGGGAGUACAUUAUUUGGUACAACUCCCCUAUUAAGGGGAAUCAAGCAUGUGACUACCAGAGGGGAUUUAAACUCUCAAGGCUUCUAACCAUAACAGCUUGUGCCAAGACUGGAUCCUUGUCGCACAGAUUGGUUGUGCAGAAACUUGAGAAGUUUUGACGGAAGGAUUGUUGAGUGCAGAAUGCGAGAGAGAGCCCAUUCAGAAGCCCUGACCAUCACAGAGGUAUGACAUCACCCAGAUGAGAGCCAUGGAGCUGAAAGUGUGGGUGGAUGGAGUCCAGCGCAUUGUCUGCGGGGUCACUGAGGUCACCACAUGUCAGGAGGUGGUGAUCGCGUUGGCCCAGGCCAUAGGACGCACAGGGAGGUACACUCUGAUUGAGAAAUGGCGGGAGACCGAGCGCCACCUGGCGCCGCACGAGAACCCGGUGGUGUCGCUCAACAAGUGGGGGCAGUACGCCAGCGACGUGCAGCUGGUCCUCCAGCGCACCGGCCCGUCCCUGAGCGAGCGGCCCACCUCCGACAGCACGGCGCGCGUGCCCGAGCGGGGCCUCUACCGCCAGAGCCUGCCGCCGCUGGCCAAGCUGCGGCCCUCGGCCUCCGACCGCUCCCUCAAGCGCCGGGAGCCCAAGCGUAAGUCACUCACCUUCACCGGCGGCACCAAGGGCCUGCGCGACAUCUUUGGCAAGGGCCGCGACUCCGAGGCCAAGCACCACCGCGCCGCAACUCCCAUUGCCCAUGCCCACCCGUCGGCCGCUGCUGCCGCUAGCCUUGCCAGGAAUGGGGCGCUGACCCCCAUCCCCGGAGCCCACGGCCCCUCGCAGGAGCUGAGCCGGCUGGUGCAGCUGCAGAAGGAGAAGCUGCGCUCGCUGGAGAGCCGCUUGCAGAGUUGCGAGGUGGAGAUGCAGGCGUGGAUGGACGGCACCGAGGGCGGCGGAGGAGGAGGAGGUGGUGGUGGUGGUGGUGGCCGGCUGAAAGAGGUGGAUGAGGACGGGGAGGGGCGGGAGGAAGAGGAGGAAGAGCUCCUCCGUCUGGAGCAGCAGCUGCGGCGGAAUGAGGCGGAGAUGCAGGAGGAGGAGUUCUGGGAGAACGAGCUGCAGAUCGAGCGCGAGAGCGAGCGGCAGCUCCGCGAGCAGCUACAGGAGCUGCGUGCCCGCGUGCAGGAUUGCGAGGCCCGUCUGGCCGAGUACCUGGCUCGCAUCCAGGGCAUGGAGGCCGGCCUGGAAGCCGAACGGCUGCAGCAGGAGAUGCAGGAGACGCGACAGGCCAACGAGGAGGAGCUGCGUGCCCGCCUGGAGAAGGUCCACACCGAGCUGGAGCUGCAGGCCCAGCAUGCCGCGCGGCUGGAUAACAGCUGCCGUGCUGUGGACCGUUCAAUCGGACAGUCCAGCAAGAGGCUGCAGGAGAAGGAGCAGGAGCUGGAGCAGUUGACUAAGGAGCUGCGGCAAGUCAACCUUCAGCAGUUUAUCCAGCAAACAGGCACCAAAGUCACGGUGCUGCCGGCCGAGCCCAGCGAAGAGGAGACAGACACAGAUGUCACUGACCAGAGCACCCUGAAGCGCCUGGGCUCCGGCCGCCAGCUCCCCAACGACCUCCGUGCCCUGCAGAGCCCGCAUUCCUCCAGCUUCAACCCCGAGGGGAUCUACGUCUGACCUCUUCUCCCCAAC